AUGCGGGCCAGUGUGGUUGGGCGUGACUGUAGCUGGCUGCCCUUUGCACUUUUUUUGGUGCUGGCUGCUGGUCUCUGGCUGGAGAUCUCCUUUGAGCAUGACAGCGCUGCGCGCCCAACUGCUCCACGCUGCCAACCUGUGCCGCGCCGUUCCAUCGAACCCGUCUUCACCAACCUGACGGUAGAAUACAAUACCGCGCCAGCCUUCACCUACGAUGUGAUUGAAGGUGCUGACGUGGAGGGCCAUGACCUUGCAAACGUCCGCUCAAAUAACGUGGAGCUGUUGAAGCAGACCUGCAACGCCUUGACCGAGUGCAUGGGGUUCAACUCGAAUGGCUGGCUCAAGAGCAAAGUCAGCUCGCGCACACCGUCCGGGGCACGGCUCUUUGUCAAGUUGCCACUUGCCGCAGCCCGUCAAGAUUCUGCGGCGGCCCAUCUCGGAGCUGGCCGCGCUCAGGUGGAGCGCCUGACGCACGUGCUGCAGCCCAACAUCAACUUGACCAGUCUGCAGGAGCAGGCGCUACGCCAGCUACGUAUCUUCACCUACCCGGUACACCUGGGUUCCAUGCCUCGGGCCCCAGAUGACUACAAGUAUGGCGUUGAACGCCGCUUGCCCCAAGUGUUGGCAUCGUCUCCCUAUGCAGUCCAGCAGCCUGAAGAAGCCACUCAUUUCCUAAUUCCCUUUCAAUGCACAGCACAUCGAUACACAGUGGCCGACCGUGCGGGUGGCCAAAACGCAGCAGAGGCGGGGCUGGCUUCAUGGAUUGCGAGCAUCAGCGCUGCAUAUCCCUACUGGAACCGCAGUGCCGGAGCCAAUCAUUUUUACGUCUGUAGCCAUGACAUGGGCUCAUCGGCCGUCGCUCAAUUGUCUCGGGCAGCCCAGCAGAACCUAAUUGGUCUCGUCAACACAGCCGAUCGUCGCGACGGCUUCUUUAAUGUGCACCGAGAUCUGGCCACUGCGCCGCACAUCGGCGACGGGUGUGACACCUGCCUACAGGGCGGCACUCGACUGUCAGUGACGCGCGAGGCAUGGGCAGGCACGCCCCGGAAUCGUUUGGCCUUUAUGGCCGGCAACCUACAACGUGGGCCAGUGCGGCCGCGCCUACGCCAGUUUUUCGAUGGCGAUCCCGACUUUUUAUUGGUCGACGGCACACUGGCGGCAGCACACUACCGUCAAGCGCUGGCCGAGAGCGAGUUUUGUCUGGUGGUUCGGGGCUUCCGAGUCUGGACGCCACGACUUAUGGAUGCCGUGUGGUCUGGGUGUAUUCCGGUGAUCAUCGCGGAUGGGUACGAGCUGCCGUUCAGCUCCCUUCUACAUUGGCCCAGUUUUGCAGUGUUUGUACCGGAACAUGACGUUCCUCGUCUCAAAGACAUCUUGCUGGCCAAGCUGUCCCAGGCACCGCUGCUUCGCGCCAACUUGCUGGCAGCCAGUCAGUAUCUGACCUAUCACUCCAACUGGGUGCCGUUGGACGCCUUUGAUAUACUCAUGCUUCAGCUAGCAGCGCGUUCGUGA